UAAUUUUGGUAAUAUCAUUUUUAUUGACUUAUUCGUUUUAUAGUCGAGGCGGGAGAAAAUCGAGGAAACUUAUUCUCUUUAUUUACUACACACACCUAUUUCCCCCUUGCCGGUGCUUUAUGAAUUUUUUACAUCUGCUAUUAAUCCCACGGCAAACUGAACGUCACCUUUACAAUUAUCUUAUGAGACUAAAAAAGAAAAAUUCAUCGUCUAUCUAAAUUCGAUACAUGGAGGGGGAAACACAGUUUUGUAGCGUUAGUCCUGACAUACGCAUUUUAGCUUUCGUGGAAGAUGGACUUCGCUGGAGAACGGUAUUAUAAUCUGAAUAGAAUUCUUCUGUUGUCUCUCGGUCUGUGGCCUGAUCAGAUUUCAACUUUCAAGAAAGUACAAAAUAUCUUUUACCAAACGUUAUUCAUAUCCUUUCUAACAUGCCAGUGCAUUCCAUUGUUUAUAAAACAGUACAGCAUCAUAUAUAUUUGUCAAAUGUUGUCGCACAUUGUUAUUACUGGUAUAUUUAUUCUAGUAUACAAUACAUGUCUCUUACUCAGCGAUAACAUCAAAUAUAUCUUCGAUAGAGUUCGAUACGAUUGGAAUAUGUUACAAGCUCAUGCAGAAUUGGAAAUUUUACGAAAAUAUGCAAACGAAGCAAAAUUCCAUACGGUCCUUGCUAUUCUUGUGUGUACUAGCAUUGGAUUGGGAUUACUUAUAAUAUGUUGGUUCCCUCGUAUACUUGAUGUGUUUCCACCAAUGAAUGCAUCGCGACCGCGACAAAUUUUAAUUAAUCUGGAAUACUUUGUCGAUGAAGAAACAUACUUUUUCGCUAUUUUGAUGCAUAUGGUCUUAACUAUUUAUGCUGGAUGCAUGACAGUAGUAGCUAUUGCAACAGUAUUUCUAAUAUUCAUUUCGCACAUUUGCGCUUUGUUUAAAAUCGCCAGCUAUAACAUGGAACACAUAUUUGACAAAAAUGUACAAUUAAUGCCAAAGGACAUUAAACAGUCUAUACUUUAUAACAAUUUAAUUCACGCUGUAUAUGUUCAUCGUAGAGCUAUGGAUUCUGCCAAUUUUCUCACGAACAGUUUUUCGUUAUUCUAUAUCGUGCUAUUAGUAUUUAGUGUGGCUUCGAUGAGUCUCAGUUUCUACAAUGUACUUAAUGCAGUAACAUCCUUGGUAAAAGUAGAUUUAUUUAUGAACAGUUCAAUGAUAUUAGCACAAUUAUAUUGUAUUUUUAUGGGAAAUUAUGCUGGACAGAACAUUAUAGAUAGCAGCAGUGGCAUUUCUCAAGCGACAUAUAAUGCACAGUGGUACGCUGCGCCGUUAUGUAUGCAAAAAUUAAUACUACUCAUAAUACAAAAAAGUAACAAACAUAGUGCGUUAACAAUUGGAGUUUUAUUUAACGUGUCAUUAGAAGGUUUUGCUAAGGUUCUAAGUACGUGCAUUUCCUAUGUUAUGGUUUUUCAAUCCGUGGAAACAAACAAAGAAAGCGGAAAGAAGUAACAAUUACGUUUUAGUUAUCCGAGUCGUAGGUCUAGGAUAUGUACAGUACAUUUUACAUGUACUUUUCUACAUAUUCAUUAAUAAAAUAAAUUAAAAUA